UUCGGAUUCGUCCCCUCCUCGCCCUUCCUCCCGUUUAGCUGAUAGCUCUCCGUGGAUCCUACCCCCUGCUUGUCGUUUCUUACGUCUAUCCUGCAGGCUCUCCCGACAUGGAUGAUUUUGACAUGCUGAACGCACCAGCCGCUGGAAACGGCGUGGGCUCCGAAGAGGACCCGGCCGCCGCUUUCCUGGCCCAGCAGGAGAGCGAAAUCGCGGGGAUCGAGAAUGACGAGGGCUUCAGCAUCCUGGACGGCGGAGAGGUUCCUUCGUCGCUUGGAGACUCUAACGAUGGCGCCAUCAAUGGAGAGUUUUAUGGGGAAAGCAACGGCCCAUCAGAUGCCUAUGCAGCAAUCUCCACUGCUGAUCGGCUGCAGGCUGAACCUGAAAGUCUUCGUAAGUGGAGGGAGGAACAAAGAGAGAGGCUGGAGGUGCUGGAUGCUAAUUCUCGCAAGCAGGAGUCUGAGUGGAAGGAGAAGGCCAAGGUGGAGCUGGAGGAGUGGCACGCCAGGCAGAACGAGCAGCUGGAGAAAACUAAAUCCAAUAACAGAGUGCUGGACGAAGACUUCUACAAGCAGCCCUUCUCUGACCUCAUUGGUUAUGUCACACACAUUAACCAUCCUUGCUACCGCCUAGACCAGGCGGCUGAGGAAGCCAUGAUUUCAGAUCUAGAUGAGAACAACCCCGGGACAGAGUGGGAGCGGGUGGCUCGGCUCUGUGACUUCAACCCCAAGUCCAGCAAGCAGGCCAAAGACGUGUCCCGCAUGCGCUCCGUCCUCAUCUCCCUAAAGCAGUCCCCGCUGGUCCGUUAGAGACCAGAGAGCUUGUGGGAAGUCAUUCCAUUACAUGUUUUCUUUUUUUCCACCUCACACACCAACGAACCAACUACUGAAUCCACAUAAUUUAUCUUCCAAAGUGAAGGCCACAGUCCAGUUUUUCCCUUUCCUGCAGGCCUGUAGAGAUUAUCCUUUCUUCCUUCUGAAAGAUUUUUCUCUUCCGACCUCAGACUAGUCGAGACUUCAUGUAUUGUGGCCCAUGUUAAAGUCUUGUUUGAUCUGACCAAACUGUUUGGUCUGUGGUCCUUGAUAACGCUGUAAGGGUGGUGAGUUGGGACACUAAAAGGGAAAGAUUGAUGUUCGUUUGUUUAAGGCUCUCAGCUACACUACAUCCUCCAACACCUCCACACAAUAUCAGAAUGCUGUUGUAUAACCUUGAAAUUUAAGUCCAGUGAAUCUUUCAGUGGCUUCCUGCAUCUUUUGUCCUCCAACAUCUUCAUGUUCUCCUCUUAAUGAAGUAUCAGCGUGCAUUUUCUCUCUAAAUAUUUUUUUUAAUGGACCAAAUUCCCAAACACUUCAAAUUCAUUGUGUACUUUAAAUUGUGUGUAGUGUCCCAUUGGGGUAUAUCAUGUUCAAAUGUCCAAUCUAUGCAUUUGUUUUUUUGGAAGCUAUUUUCCCCUUGUCAGUACUAAACAAAGUCCAAUCAUUACAAAAUGUAUGUGACCUGUUUGUAUGUGUGUUGAAACUCCAGCAGUGUGUAUGUACUUUGAGUGUACCUAUGUACAUAUACAGAAGGCAAUAUAUACAGUAUAUAAAACAUUUGUCACUGAAAUUAGACAUUUGUGGUUUUAAAGACUAGGUCAUAGCCAGUUGACCAUGUGUAUUCAUUGUCCAUUUGAUUUCAAUAUCAGUAAAAAUGAAGAGAGA